AUGAUCGGGCCCACGCAAGUUCUGGAAACGGUGCGUGAGAGCAGAGCAGAGCCGAACGAGAUUGCGGAGGACACAGGGAUGCCAACACCGGCUGCUCAGAGGGACUCUAACGUGAAUGUGGAGCGGUACAAGUCCCGGCUGUUGGCGAAGGGCUACCUGCAGAAGCAAGGAAUAGGUUUCGAGGAGGUCUACGCCCCGGUGAGCAAGCACACGACGUUGCUUGCGCUAUUGGCGGUGGUUGCGGAGCGCGACUUGAAGAGGUAUUAUCUGGACGUCAAGACGGCCUUCCUCGAGGAGGAGCUGGCAGAGGAGAUGUACAUGCCGCAACCGCAGAGAUACAAGCAAG